UUCACUGUUCAUGUUUGGAAAGAGAGAAAGGCCAAAAAAGAUAGAAAAUCCAAGUUAUAUGGGCGCCAAAAGGCAUUCAAAGAAGGGUUUCAAACCAAAAUCAUGAAUAAAGUUUCAAAGUUAGUGAAAUUAAGAGACUUUUAACUCUAAUCAAUCAAAAAAGGGUUUGGAUUUUUCGUUCUUAAUUUGCUAUAAGAAACGUAUUGCAUAGCUAUAUAUAUUUUUUUCUAGUUAAUCAUUUGAGCUUCACUAUGGCUUCAGCCAUUUCUUCAAUUUUAGCUGAGGAGAAAACGGCAAGGUUACUUUUUCUUUCUUUAAAUGGAGGGCAGGGGACCCUCUGUCUCUAUCUAAAGUUCAUUCAACGUGUCGCAGUGUAAUUGCUUAGUAAUCCACCAAGCAUAGCUUAUCUAAUCCGUUAAGAAUUCUCCAGCCAUGGAAGGUGCAUCAGCUGCUGCUAUAUCUGCAACCAUGAAAGCCGUCAAUUUCCCAGCAACUUCCUCUAUCCCAAGAACAACUGUUUCUAUUACCUUUGCCUCACCAUGGCCACAUACCAAACUCAACAUGCUCACUUUUUAUGCUCCAAAUCCUAAUACAAGAUUCAGCGCACUCUCUACCGGUCGCUGUUCCACAAAACCAAACGCUGACACUAACAACGAAACUGACCAAAAUUCAACCUUUGAAUCUAAUCCAUAUCUAAACACUGAAAACUCGUCGACAGCUAUUUCAAAUGAAGCAAUUUCCUCUUCUUCAAUACCCUCUUCUUCUCUUUCUAGAGGUUUGGUGCUUGAUUUGGGUCCUGUGGGUUCUUGGGACUGCAAAGAAAUUGGAUCACCUGUGGUUAAAAGAUUCCUCAGUGAUGAGGAAGAGAGAUGGUAUAUGUGGUAUCAUGGAGUUUCCAGUGGUAUUCCAUGUUCAGAUUCCAUAGGACUAGCAGUUUCAAGCAAUGGGGUACGUUGGGAGAGAGGUAAAGGUGCAGUAAAAUCAAGUGUAGACGUUGGUUCGGUGAUGAAUUGUGGUAAUGAUUGGUGGGCGUUUGAUACUGAGAGCAUUUUCCCUGGUGAGGUAGUAAUCAUGUCUAGUGCUAAAGUGAGAGCCUCAAGUGCUGUUUAUUGGCUUUACUACACCGGAUAUAGCAGUGAGAAGGUGAAUAUUUUAGCUAAUUCUUCAGGAUUUAAUGUACAAAACCCAGAAAGAUAUUGUGUUGAUGACACUGACAGUCAAAGUAGCAGAAUUGGCAAGAUCUUUCGGUCUUUACCAGGUUUGGCAAUCAGUCAAGAUGGGAGGCAUUGGGCUAGAAUUGAAGGGGAGCAUCAUAGUGGAGCAUUGUUCGAUGUGGGGUCUGAGGGAGAAUGGGAUUCAUUGUUUGUCGCAUCACCGCAAGUUGUUUUCCAUGGAAAUGGUGAUCUCAGAAUGUACUAUCAUUCAUUUGAUGUGGAAAACGGGGAAUUUUGCAUUGGCAUUGCAAGGUCAAGAGAUGGGAUGAAGUGGAUAAAGCUGGGGAAGAUAAUGGGAGGAGGAAAAAGUGGUAGAUUUGAUGAACUUGGAGCAAUGAAUCCUUGUGUAGUCAAGAACAAGAAAGAUGGAAAGUAUAUAAUGGCAUAUGAAGGUGCAGAUGCCGAUGGACGGCGAAGCAUUGGAUUGGCAGUGUCACCUGAUGGAUUGAAAGAUUGGAGAAGGCUUCAAAAUGAGUCAGUGCUAAAGCCAGCAGCGAUGGACGAUGGAUGGGAUAGUAAGGGGAUUGGAUCACCUUGUUUGGUGGAAAUGGAUGGUGAUGUUGAUGAAUGGAGAUUGUAUUACAGAGGCCUUGGUAAUGGAGGGAGAAGUGGGAUUGGCAUGGCAGUUUCUGAUGGAAGUGAUAUUACAAGGUUUAGAAGAUGGACGGGAUUUCAAGUAUAAGUUAAAUUUCUGUGUGUUGUUGCUACCAUUCUCUGUCCUAAUUUGAUUGCUGAUUUUAUAA